AUGAGUUCAAUUCCAACAUUAAGAUGGGGCAUUAUUGGUACAGGUUUUAUUAGCACAUGGUUCGUUGAUGAUAUUUUAUUAGAAAGAAAGGAUAGGAAAGCAAAUCAUGUUAUCCAAGCUAUCGGCGCAUCAUCGAAAGAAAAAGGUCAAUCAUUUUUGGCAAAGUACAAUAAAAAACUCAACAAGGGCACUUAUAUAGGUACGUACAACGAUAUCUAUUCACAUAAUGAAGUAGAUAUUGUUUAUAUAGGUUUGCCACAUGUUUUUCAUAAGGAAAGCGCUUUAAAAGCCAUUGAACAAGGGAAACAUGUUUUGCUAGAAAAGCCAGCAGGUGUUAAUGCUGAAGAACUUAAAGAAUUGGUAUUAGCUGCUAAGUGGCACAAUGUUUUCCUUAUGGAAGGUGUUUGGUUAAGAUUUAGACCAAUAAUUUUGGAAUUGCAACAGCUCAUAUUGAAAGAUAAAAUUUUGGGGGAAAUAUAUCGCUUGUUUUCCGAUUUCUCCAUGGACAUGAAAUUGGAUUCUUUGAGUGAUAAUUCUAGGUUAAAGUCUAACUCUUUAGGUGCUGGUGCUUUGCUAGAUAUUGGAAUCUACUCUCUAACUUACGCUAGGCUCUUUUUGGAUAACCAAUUAGGUGAAAAUCAUACACCAUUCGAAGUCAAGUGUUUUCAGACUGUUAAGAAUGGUAUUGAUUACAUGACAAGUGCUAUAAUUAGUUACUCUAACGGGAAGCAGGCCAUAAUUACUAAUUCUGUCUAUAAUCAGACGCCAGAAACUUUUUUUAGACUUGAAGGUGAAUUAGGGUGUCUCCUAAUCAGUGGAUCCGGCUCUAUUCCUACAAGCUACAAAAUUGAGUUCAAAGAUAAUGAGAAAGAACCUAUUCAAAAAAGCUUUCCUAUCAAGGGGAUUCAUGGCUUGGGUUUUCACUACGAAGCGGACGCUAUUGCGCUUGACAUUGAAAUGGGUAAAAUCGAGAAUGAAUUAAUCCCAUGGGACGAAUCUAUUUUGGUUUUGGAAACUAUGGAUGAUAUGCGCAAACAAGGAGGAGUCUCAUAUCCCCAGGAUGUGUUGUAA